AUGCAUUCUGUCGAGAAAUUCAAAAAUUCUGCAACGUUUUCAUCGGUACAAAAUGCUGACCCAAUUGAUGAUAAAGAUUGUUGGUCAUCUUCGGAAUCCGAAAGUAGCCGCCUAUCGAUGGUCAGCAGCCGCCUAUCAGUGAGUCGCCUAUCGAUAGUCAGCAGUCGCCUAUCGGUAGUCAGUAGCAGAUCUCGACGCAGUAGUUUCAAUAGAUCAAUACAUGAAACAGACUUCUCAGAAUACAGUGUAGAAAUGACAGGUGUGAAUAGAUGUCCAAAAUGUAGUCAAUCAGUAUCACAAGAUUGGUGCAAAAAAUGCGAGUCCAAAAUAUUUAAAAAACUUUCGAAAUGGACAAGCGGUAAUGAACACCUCGAUAAACUUAUUAAGUAUACACAACAUAAAGCUUAUGGACCAUGUACUUCCUGGGAAUGGAUUCCAUAUGAAGGAUUUUCGGAUGUCCAUUAUUUAUCAAAAGGCGAAUUCGGAACAGUGUUUGUUGCAACUUGGGUAGAUGGACCUAGAGAUUUAUGGGACGAUGACUCGCGGCAGCAUAUCAGAAGAAAAGAUUGUAAAGUUGCGCUUAAAAGACUUGACAAAGAUAUUAUUAAUUUAGAGUUCAUUAAUAAGGGAGACAUUAAAUCCACUUUACGAGGAAAAAAAACAGGACCCACAUGGCAAGAAAAAUUUCUAAUAUUACGUGGCCUUUCAGAUGCAUUAAAAGAUAUUCAUUUAAAAGGACAUACGCAUAGUAAUUUACAUCCUGGUAACAUAUUUCAAGUGCCCCAAGGUUCGAGCAUACGUAUUAUUGUUGGAGAUUUCGGAAUGAAUAAGUCAACAUGUAGAGAUCCAACAUCUUUAGAACCUUAUGGUGUUGUGCCUUACGUGGCACCAGAGAUUUUACGUAACUGGCCACAUACUCAAGCUUCGGACAUAUAUAGUUUUGGCAUGAUAAUGUGGGAACUGUCGUCGGGUAAACCUCCGUUUUGGGACAGGGCGCAUGACGAACAUUUAGUGUUUGAUGUCUGCGAAGGAUUGCGACCGAAUAUUGUGGCGGGAACACCAGAAUGUUAUGUUGAAUUAAUGCAAAAAUGUUGGAAUGAUGAACCUUCGAAUCGUCCUAGAGCCCUUGAAAUUUUUCAAACCAUUCAAUUAUGGGAUAUUUUAUUAUUUAGAUCUAUGGACGAAAAGCUGUCAAACAAUUCAGAAAGUUCCAAUGGAGAAGUCAAUGUUCAUCCUGAAGCCAUAUAUACAAGUAGGCCACUUAGCAGAAUCAUUACACAAGGAUAUGGACUUGAAUUUACACUUUCUCAGGAUCAUACACGCGAAUCUAUUCAUUUUGAAAAUUCUGAAAUUCAAGACAAAAUUAGGAAGACAAUCUCGAAAAAGAGACGUAGUGACUUGGUUCUUAAACCAAAUGCCGCACAACGUAUUUCGGUCUCAAAUGAUAAUAUCCCAACUAUUGAAGUGCAUACAUAUGAUUCGGAACCUUCAGACGAAGAAUAA